CGCGGGGUGGGGCGCGGCGCGGCGCGCGAUUUGGUUUGUUCUCACGAGAUCAUCGGCGUCGUCCGAGGCGGGAGCGGUCAGUUAGAGAGACUGAGACUGAGACGGAGCGGGCCUCGAGCCUGACGGACAGAGACACCGCCUCCGAGAGCCGCACAGAGUGAGAAUUUCCCAUCUCAACAAUGUCGCAAUCUUCAGACAAGUUUAAGAUGCUGCAGCAGCAGCAACAACUGUUACAGCAACAGCAGCAGCAGCAGCAAGCUCAAUUCACAAACCCAGAGACUCCUGGCUAUGUGGGGUUUGCCAAUCUCCCUAACCAGGUGCAUCGCAAAUCUGUGAAGAAAGGGUUUGAAUUCACACUGAUGGUAGUUGGUGAGUCUGGCUUGGGCAAAUCAACAUUAAUCAACAGUCUCUUUCUGACUGACCUCUAUCCUGAGAGAGUUAUACCUGGAGCUGCAGAGAAAAUUGAAAGAACAGUCCAGAUUGAGGCUUCAACUGUUGAAAUUGAGGAGCGUGGUGUAAAAUUGCGCCUGACUGUGGUUGAUACGCCUGGAUAUGGGGAUGCCAUCAACAGCCAAGACUGUUUUAAGACAAUUAUUUCAUAUAUUGAUGACCAGUUUGAGCGGUACCUUCAUGAUGAAAGUGGAUUGAACAGGCGACACAUUAUUGAUAACCGGGUCCAUUGUUGCUUUUACUUCAUCUCUCCUUUUGGCCAUGGACUGAAGCCCCUAGAUGUGGAGUUCAUGAAAGCCAUACACAAUAAAGUGAAUGUUGUUCCUGUUAUUGCUAAGGCAGACACUCUUACACUGAAGGAAAGAGAGCGACUCAAAAGAAGGAUCCUCGAUGAGAUAGAGGAACACAGUAUUAGGAUAUACCACCUUCCAGAUGCGGAGUCUGACGAGGAUGAGGAUUUCAAAGAGCAAACUCGAAUCCUUAAGGCCAGUAUCCCUUUUUCUGUGGUCGGAUCAAAUCAGUUGAUUGAGGCAAAAGGUAAAAAAGUCCGAGGGCGCUUGUAUCCAUGGGGAGUAGUGGAGGUGGAGAAUCCGGAGCACAAUGACUUCCUGAAGCUAAGAACCAUGCUCAUAACACACAUGCAGGAUCUGCAGGAGGUGACCCAGGAUCUUCACUAUGAAAACUUCCGCUCGGAGCGUCUCAAACGGGGCGGCAGGUUGUCAUCACAUGGUUACGUUCUCCCUCUCUCUCCUUCGAAAGGGGAAGAGCAUCCUCAGGAUAAGGACCAGAUCCUGCUGGAGAAAGAAGCUGAGUUACGUCGCAUGCAGCAGAUGAUUGCUCAGAUGCAGGCUCAAAUGCAGAUGCAAAUGCAGAAGCCAGGAGGAGAUGGAGAUAGCAGCAGUGUGCACAGUCAGCAUGUCUAAUCUGGAGAAAAGAUUGAAGAUCACCUUGAAGCAGAAGUGGAGAGGGAUUUAAAGUGUGGACAAUAAUGGUAGCCAGUGUUGACAGCUAAUUUCAAUGUUUAGUUCACAAUGCAGUAUUGUAAUCCUUUGUACCCUGAUUUUUGCCAUUUUUUUACUGUGGUAAUUUUUUUUUAUAUUGUACUGUGAUGUUCUUCCGUUACACUUUUUGUUAAUUUUUGUACACAUGAAGUUGUAGCUUUCUAGUAUGAAGUAUUAACAAUGCUGAUUAAGGGUGCAAAAGCCACUAUUUUUGGGAAAGCAUUUGCUUGUAAAAGAACUGUAGCCUGUUCUAUUAAAUAAUACAAUUUGGUUUAAUGUGUGGGGUUGGAAGGUGUGGAAAGACGAAUAAGGUAUAGUUGCUCUAUAGUGUACUGCAGAUAGAUGCAUGCUGUACUUUGUCUCUGGAUCUUAAUGUUUAAUACUUUUAUGGUGAUGUAUGUACAAACACUUACUGAAUGCUUGCUUCUCUUGUGUUCUGCACAAUAGUAUCUCUCGGGGCUUUGUACUUGAGGAAUAAUUCAGUUCUAUGGUUUAGUGACUAGUUUGAUGCCCUUCUCUUGUUGAUGAUUUGCUCCUUUGCUGCACGGCUGCUACUCUGUACUUCUCGUGAAGGGACAGGCCCAUGAUUCCACAUGGCAGACAGAUUUGAAAAGCUCUUUUAUGGUGUUGGCUCAUGUGACAGUGAGUUUUGAUGUUUCUUGGUGUAGAACGUUGUGUUGAGUUUCCCUUGUGUAAUAUCAAAUUGACUUUCUGCACCCCCCCUUGCCCCCCCAAAAAAAUGUCAUUCCUUGAUGCAAGGAGGGAGGAUAGUGGCAUUUUGUAAUUGCUCCUGUAUCCUACAAGCCAAUGUUGUCUUCUCACAAGCUGCUUUUUUAUAAGAGAUGUGUAAGUAGAUGGUAUGAAAAUUGUCCUUUUUUGUAAUAUGGACAAAAUUAGGUAGAACCUUUUGAAUAACUAGGGAAAAGGUUUGUUUACCAUAUGAUCCUUAAGGAUAAAUAAUCCACAGAAUUCUCCAGUAGAUUUUAUAUUUUUAACCCUUUGUACCUUCAUUCAGUAAAAUGUUUUUAUGUCCUCUAGAAAUGGUGCAAUAUGUACACUGUUAGACAAUGCAAUUACAAACAAAUCUGUCGUAAUAUCCUCAGUGCACUGUCGCCAUUUGAUCUGAUCCUUCAUUAAUUUACUACUUCAGGUUUUGGUUAGUACAUUUGGCUGGAUAGCUGGUCUGUGAUGCCAUGUAACUCCAAAAGUGUGGGUUCAACUUCCACACCAGCUGAGGUUACCAUGAAGGACUUUUCUUCUCAACCUCUUCACUGUUGCUCUUGCUGUCUAAUGGGAGAACAACCCGAUGGUCACUCAAUCUUGCCUUCUUCUGGGAAGCUAUACACACAAGAUCUGAUGCCAUCAGUAGUAAACAGUUUCAGUUAUUUCAUUUUCAGUUCUAUUAAAAAAAAAACCUGUGUAUGGCUUGACUGAAAUACCUAUUUCUGAAAUCAUCGAUCUGUCUUUGAGCUCGCACCAGAUUCAUCACAAGCUACAUUAAGAUGUUAGAAUGGUUAUUGAAUGGAAGACGGUUAUUCACCUCCUGCUGCUGUGUUAUAAUGAUUGCUUUUGAUAGACUUUGAACUAGCUUCCUAAAAGGUUUAGUGUGAUUGAGUAUAGUGCAUCUAGCUUACACAUUGAGUAAAUGCUGAUGUCAGUGAGUACAGAAAUGUCAGCGACCUUAAACCUUUGUAAAAAGAGUACUGUCAUUAUUAACAGCAAAUCUGAUUGAAGUCAACUCCUUGCCAAUUGUUCAGACUUGGGUCGGAGCACAUGCUUUUAAUUUUCUUGGUGCUCAGUGGUGGUGAGUGAAUACUUUGUGACUUGAUGUUUUGAGUUAAUUGCCUGGAGGUUUAGUUUGUUGAACACAUCCAAUUACAGUUUUUCAAGAACUGGGCAUUUAAAAUAAAACGCUGCCCCAAUGAAUGUAGCAGAAGAAGUACGGCAUUGCAUUUUCAAGCCCUGAAGUUUCUUAACAACGUACUACAGUAAUACCCUAAAUGUACAGUUUAUGCUUAUUCUUGCACAUUUGGCUUUCAAAUUGCUUUCAUGGCUCUCAUAUCUGUAAUUUUGGACGAUAGUGAUGCUUAUUACAAUAUCCUAUGUUUAACUCUCUCUAAACAUGGCCAAAUAAAUUUAUUUUCUGUAAUUAGACCAAUAGCAGAGUCCCUGUGCACUGUUUUGUGUGGGCUAUAUGAAUGAAGACCUGCAGCCUGUGAUUGAGAAAAGUUGCUAUCAAGUCCAAAUCUAAAUCCAUAUUCCCAUUCUCAAUCGGAGUAUAACUGAAGUUGCUAGUUGUGUCAGACUUAGGAUUUACUGAUCAGCAAAGAAAAGCUGUUUCCAAGCAUGUGGGUAUGAGAAAAAGCAGUUUGGAUAAGCUGCAGUGCAGUCAUAAGAAUGAACUGAAUAUUACAAUAUUUGGAGCGAUGAAUGCUAGUGGAAUGAGACCAACAGAAGAGAUUUGGAUGAUUGACAGUUUGUGACGAUCAUAGUGGAGUUGGACUAUGGAUAGACAUGAAACUAAUUAAUUUUCUAUCUCUAACAUCCGAUAACGUUAAGAUGCUUGCGAUAAAUGAAUGGUGUGCCUUGGGCUGAAGUGAACUCAUUGCAGAAGUCACCAUUCCCUAGCAGUCCAUAAACCUAUGCUUUGUACUUGCAGUUGCAUAUGUUUAGGUCUGCACUUUUUCUUCAAGUACUUGCUUGACACUAAAGCCAUUGUUUUUAUUUAAUUGGCGAGUUCUGUAAUUGCUGAACAUGGGCCUGUUGCAAAAUGGGAGUCUGUUGUUCCUUGACGUAGUAUAAUUAUUUCUUUGCCAUCUUAUGAUAUCAUAUAAUCAGCCCACUCUUGUAUAAAUGUCUGCAGAACAUUAAUAUACUGUGAAUCCAAAAGGUUUCUUUCUAUUACAGGACUAAGUCAUCGUCGUAAGGUCUCACAGCCAAUGAUUCUUGCCUACAUUUAGUUUUCAAAUUGGCUCAGAUUUAUAAACUAGUGUACUAAUGAGUCCUGGAAAUGAGUUUUUUUUUUCGUAGUUUUCACAAUUUUUGUACUUAAAGUAUUAAACAAAUGGACAUUGUAAUGGUAGAGUUGGCCAUCUGCCUCAGUGACAUGUCAUAAUUUAAUAUCACUUUCUAAAUGAGCUUUAAGAAAUGGGAUAGUAGGGAGGAAAAUGUCAUUUAUGUACUUAUCUAAUAACUAUAACUGUUUUACAUUUGAAACUUUUAUUCCUGAUGCUAGUGUGUGUGGUACAUGUUGCCUAUUUUGAGACUGAAACAAGAAAAAAGUACAAACUUUGUUCCCAUCAUGGGAGUUACUUCCAAUACUAGUACAGAUUUUCCCUUGACUUGUAAUUUCAAUGAAAAUUUUCAAAAUAAUCCAGACUCUGUGCUUAUGUUUUGGUUUAAUAUUUAUUUAGAAGGGGCAAAACUGAUUUCACUGUGAGGGGAGCUACAGUUCUCCCAAUUAUGCAAGCUGUUUCUGGGCAAUUCUGGAAGAGUUGUGUAUCUUUCUGAUUUGCUAUUCCAUUCUGAUUGGAGUGCCACUGAUCGAUUUGGACACCAAAUUGCCAAGUUGUGAAGCUUUAUUACUGCCAAAAUAUUGACUGACUAUGUUACUUUCAUGUGUUUUUCAAGUCUUGGAUUUCAGAAGCUAUUUUGGAAUGGUUAACCAUUUCAGUAUUGUGUCCAAUGUCUGAGUUCUCUGGUAGAUUUAGAAGUGAUGCUGGAUUCUCAAGUAUUGUCUGAUUAGCCUGUAGGUCAACUGCAUUGGCUGAUAUACUGGAAGUUAAGGCAGUAACAAUGAUACAAUCCUGCCUGACUUAAGUUUAACAAUGUCAUUACAUGUAUAUUCUUCACUAAAAUGUCACAAUAAACUUGCAAAAACACCCAAA